GGAUGUUUUAUGUCUGAGAAAAUAUGGUCAAGAUACUAAAGAUAGCGCGACCGAAUGCAAGAGCAACUGAAGCUUUUCAAUCAUUUCGAACUCAGCUUCGUUGUGUAUCUCUUUCUCUCUCCUAUUUCUUUCAGGUGAAAGAGGGACUAUAAUUAUUAUGGGAAAUGUAGAGUCAACACAAGAUGUUCAUGAUGAUGUUUCGUGGCAACACCCUUCCCAUGAUGGACGUUCCGAAAAUACUAGCCAUCAAUAUCAUCAAUCCUCUUCAUAUGCUGGGAGUUCAAUGAAUACUAGGCAUCAACAUAGGCAGCAACCCACAUAUAUAGCUGACAAUUUCAGUUCAUUGGAUCAGGUUGUGUCUGCUUUGAGAGAAGCUGGUCUGGAAUCUUCGAAUCUAAUAAUUGGAAUUGACUUCACCAAAAGCAAUGAGUGGACAGGCAAGCACUCCUUCAACCACAAAAGCCUUCAUUCUGUUGGAAACACUCCUAAUCCGUAUGAGCAAGCAAUCUCUAUAAUUGGCCGUACUCUAUCUUCUUUCGAUGAAGACAAUCUGAUACCAUGUUUUGGAUUUGGUGAUGCAUCCACACAUGAUCAGAAUGUGUUCAGCUUUUAUCCUGGUGAUCGCUAUUGUCAUGGAUUUGAGGAAGUACUGGCGCGCUACCGAGAGAUUGUGCCACACUUAAAAUUGUCAGGUCCAACAUCGUUUGCCCCUGUAAUUGACGCAGCAGUUGACAUUGUGGAAAGAAGUGGUCAAUAUCAUGUUCUUGUCAUUAUUGCUGAUGGACAGGUUACUAGAAAUUCAGAUACACCACAUGGAAAGUAUAGUCCACAAGAACAAGCCACUAUUGAUUCUAUCAGUGCAGCGAGUCACCAUCCCCUCUCAAUUAUUUUGGUUGGAGUUGGAGAUGGACCAUGGAAUGAAAUGCAGCACUUUGACGAUAACAUUACUCAGCGCUUAUUUGACAACUUUCAGUUUGUGAAUUUCACAAAGAUCAUGUCUGAGAACAAAGAUGCAUCAAAGAAGGAAACAGCAUUUGCACUUGCUGCCCUUAUGGAAAUUCCAAUUCAGUACCGUAUAACCCAAAAUCUACAAGUUGCCAAUGAAAAAUCAGUAAGUUAUCAACGCAGAAGGCCUCUUCCUCCGCCUAAGGAAGUAAUAGAUCGUGACAAUGCAGUCGUAGCAGUUCCACAUGUGACAAAUUUUGAAUCAGUCGAGCCAACAGCUCCAGCUGCAGUAGAUUCAGCAUGCCCUAUUUGCUUAACCAAUCCGAAGGACAUGGCUUUUGGAUGUGGUCAUACAACUUGCAAGGAGUGUGGCGUGACAUUAUCUUCAUGCCCUCUGUGCCGGCAGCAAAUUACAACUCGAUUGAGACUAUACACGUGAUUUGGAGAUUGCUUAGCUGUUGGUUUAUGCUUUAUAGUUUAUAUAGCUUCUCUGUUGUAUGUUGAUAAGGAAUGUAAUGACCAUCAGUAAAAUUCGUUUAAAAUAUGUUUGAAUAUUUUUAGUUUAUAAAUAGUUUUUUUUUUAAGAGUUUGUUAUUAUGUUUCAAAUAUUUAGAUAUAAAGACAUCAACAUUUUUUUUUUGUUUU